ACCCCAUAUAAACUGCUACUAUCUCUUUAAGAGGCAAAGCUCCGGAUCCUUCUUCCUUCUCUUUCGCCACAAAUGUUCAUCAGAAUUUCACAACAGAAAUCUGCUGCAACAAAAAAUUUAAAGGAUUUACUUCUGCCAAUAAAUGCUCAGACUAAAUGCUCACUGCUCUCUGAUUCCAAGUGCAAACCAUGUUAAGCUUGGGAGCUGGCAUGGCUCGCCUAUCAAUAAGUGUCAAGCAGCUCGAAAGUUGUCUCUGAGAAUUUAUGUCAACGCUCUGAAAGAUGAUAGAAAUGGGGGCACCAGCAGCUUCUCAGGCCAGAGUUGGGAUCCGGGGUUAGAAAUCGAGGUUCCUUUUGAACAAAGACCGGUGAACGAGUACUCGUCCCUGAAAGAUGGAGUUUUAUAUUCAUGGGGAGAACUGGGUCCAGGGCCUUUCUUCCUUCGUCUCGGUGGUCUAUGGUUGGCAACUUUCACAGUUCUUGGAAUUCCAAUUGCAGCAGCCAGCUUUAAUCCCUCAAGGGAACCUCUAAGAUUUAUGCUAGCUGCAGGAACAGGAACGCUUUUCCUCGUGUCAUUAAUUGUUUUAAGAAUAUAUCUGGGAUGGAGUUAUGUUGGUGAUAGACUUCUGUCAGCUGUAAUACCAUAUGAAGAGAGCGGAUGGUAUGACGGACAGAUGUGGGUCAAACCACCAGAGGUCCUGGCUCGAGACAGAUUGUUGGGGGCUUACAAGGUCAAACCAGUCAUCAAGAUGCUGAAGCAGACACUGGUCGGAACAGGCGCACUACUUGUUACAGCAGUAUUCCUCUUUGUCUUUGCCACACCAGUACAGGAUUUCUUCCAAACCACCUUUUCUACAAAAGAGAACCUACCAGAAGUUACAUCUCCGAAAAGCAACUCAAAGUUCAAUAUAAGGAAAGAGGAGUUGCUUCAGUUGCCUGUGGAGGUGAUGGCUGAUGAUGAUCUGGCAGCUGCAGCUGCAGAGGCUGCUGAUGGGAGGCCAGUCUACUGUAGAGAUAGAUAUUAUCGUGCAUUAGCAGGCGGGCAGUACUGCAAAUGGGAAGAUCUAUUAAAAUAAUGAACAGAUGACGGAAACAUUAAAAGACAGGACACCAAUUGUUUUCAAUUUCACAAUAGUCAGCUUACUGAGUUCGUUUGUAUUAGCAGAAACAGAAUGUCAGAAACAUUUAAAGGUUCAUGCCAUUAUCUUAAUGAAACAAACAAUAGAUGAUCUAAAAA